CAACAAAAUUUUCAUAAAUUGAAAUAAAAAAUUUGUAUACACAAAUAUGAAUAAAAAUUGCAUGCCAGGUCUAUUGCUAUUAAAAUUAAAAAAAAAUGAAUUUAACAAACGAAACAUACUCUCAAAACAUCUCGAUGUUCCAAUGCGGUCCAGGCUUGGACCAUUUUCAUCAGGAGUAUGUGAAAAUGCACGGAUGGUUAAGUUUGCUAGUUUGCAUCUUCGGUUCAAUCGCCAAUACCUUGAAUAUAAUGGUCUUGACACGUCGUGAAAUGAUUUCUCCGACAAAUUACAUUCUAACUGGAUUGGCUGUAGCCGACUUGCUAGUAAUGUUGGAGUACAUCCCUUACGCAAGUCAUAUGUACUUGUACCACAGGCCCAGAAAAGACAUGUACACGUACGGUUGGGCUGUAUUUGUGCUAGUUCAUUCUAUUUUCACCCAAAUAUUUCACACAAUAUCCAUCGGGCUGACAGUAACAUUGGCAAUUUGGAGAUUCAUUGCAGUAGCUUACCCUCGGAGAAAUAACGAAUGGUGUAGCAUUAAAAGAACAGUAUUAACUAUAUUAGGAACUUAUUUAAUUUGCCCGUUAAUUUGUCUCCCGGUUUAUUUUACUACUAAAGUCAGAUCCACUCAAGAGUUGUUCGAAAAUGAUAAUUUAACCAAUUCAAGUUUGUACAAUUCGACUGAAUUAAAAGUUAAUCAGACUUUGUGGUUCGUUGACUUGAGUGACACGAUGAAGGCCAAUAGUCUGCUUAAUUUACUAAAUUUUUGCAUGUACAGUGUUGUGAUCAAACUUAUACCUUGUAUCGCUCUGACCAUUUUGAGUCUUCGGCUGAUCAAGGCGCUUAUGGAUACCAAAAAAAGAAGAAAGCUCCUGAUAAACGCGACUUUAGUGAGAAAAACUGACGACAAAGUGCGCGAUAGCUCGUGUGACGUUAAAAAAAGUAAAAAAAAAUCAGCUAAAGCUAUAGACAAACAAAGACAAACUGACAGAACUACCAAGAUGCUAUUAGCUGUAUUACUUCUCUUUUUACUUACGGAGUUUCCACAGGGAGUACUUGGCUUACUUAGCGUUAUAUUGGGUUCUGGUUUUUUUCGUACAUGUUAUGUUAAGCUCGGCGAAAUGAUGGACGUAUUAGCUCUAAUAAAUUCAGCGAUAAACUUUAUCCUCUACUGUGCAAUGAGUCGUCAAUUUCGAAUGACCUUUAGCCAAUUAUUCUGCCGAUGGAAGUUGUUUGGAAGAUGGACGCCUGUUCCGCAGCGGCUGGAGAACAAUGGUCACACCGCAACUACUCACACGAUGACCCAAGUUACCCAGGUCUAGCAUCCGCAUAAUCAUCAGCAUCAUACGUUAACGUGGAAACGUCGAACACCCAAAGAGGGGCAAUGAGGUCGACUUAAAAUGUAGUGAAUAAUUGAUCAGCACUUAGAUUGGUAGGAGAAAUUUUUUUCCCCCGACGGAAAUGACUAAAGUGCUCAGAAGAAACUCGUACUGAGAAGAAAUCCUUUACUUCUAUACCUAUCGUUGAGGUAUUGAAUGAUUUUAAGUAAAAUACUAAAUAAAUUAUCUUCGUUAUUUAUCACUGUGUGUAUUGUCAAUGCUUAGAAUAAGAAAUAAAUCUAAUAUGAUGGUUAUGGUAUAUAGUUAUCGAUUUAUUCAUGUAUAGUGACUUCGUCAGCGAAUGUUGAAAGACACUCAUGGGAGUUAUUUAGGGAACAAAUGGAUCGGGCUCCCCUACAUGUUCUUGUCACAGAACUUGACGUAAGAAAAAAAUAUAAUAUACGUGUAGUCAUUUGAUGUCUUUAUUUUCAUUAAUUUUGCUUUUUAUUUUUUUUUUGUU